AUGAAACAGCUAAGAGAUCUGAUAAUACCAAGAAAGGACUUGCAGGACUGGGAUGAUAAUAUUACGUGGGUGAAGGACGGGUCAAUUUAUAUCACUACGGUGCCUGAGUUAACAAAAGCGAAUCCAGUGUACACUUCAGAAGUGAACUAUCACUCUAAAAAUCUAUUUCAUUUGAAGGAACUGCCUCUAGAGCUGGCUAAUAAAUUUGAAUUUGAACAGGCCUCUAGAAAUGCCUUGCUAAACUCAAUUCCAAAUUCUAAUGUCAGAUUAUGUAGGGUAGCAAAAAUGGAUCUCAAUUACGUCGCAAUUUUAACAAAUAAUUGUAAUGUUACGGUCUUCGAUCCCGCUGGGAACGCUGUUGUCAAUUUGGAUGAACCAGAUAGGAGUGUUGAAUCGAGGGCAUAUCAUUCCGUAGAUUGGAGCCCCCAGGAUGAAUAUAUUGCAGUCGGUAAUGAAAUGAACGAAAUUGUUAUUUUUGAAAUGAAACAGGAAGAUCAAACUGUAAAGUUCAAUCAUUUUAAAACUAUACAGCUAGAUGCUGGAAUUGAAAAUGCGUGGGUAACCAACAUUAAAUGGUAUGAAAAUGGUAGAAUAUUGGCAGUAUUAUCAAAUAAUGCGGUAUACUGUAUUAAUGAGCGUAAUUGGGAAGCGUCACUCAUAUCAUCGCCCGGAAGAUACAAAAUUAUUGACAUACAGAUCGUGGGUGAGAACUAUGUGGUAAUCUCCAUGGUAGGAGUCAUCCUGAGAGUGGAUCUCAGAACAAUGAACACUUUUCACUUGGAAACAGGCCUUAAAAGCGAAUCCAAGAUCAUCCCAAUAAUAAAUACAGAAAAUAUUAUACUAUUAUCAAAUAAUAGUAGUUGUAAGAUUGAUAUCGGUGCAAGUACACCAACCAUAUCAAAUGAUGAUGUAAUAUCCCCGUACUUGGAAAAAAAAUUCAAAAAAUGGAACGAUGUAUGGAAUGAAUUUAAUAAACAUGAGACUACGUUAUCCAUUUACGGAAUUUCACUGUCCCCAGACAAAUUUUCAGUUGCAAUCCUCUACAAUAUUGAACGUGUCUCCAUAAAAUAUCUGAUCACUUCUGAAAGGCAAUAUAACAUAACGUUUAUUCCUCUGUCAGAUAACUGGAAGAUUUCUAGAUUUGCCAAGGGGUUUGCCUGGUAUCAAACCUACUCUAUUUACAAUAAUAAACUGCCAAUUAUUGAAAAUGCCGUUGACACAUCGUCGACUAAGUUCGACACAAAUACAGAUUUUAAUUCGUAUCUGAAGACGAUAUUGAAUGAUGAAAAAAUGAACUACAUGAGAUUUUUCAAUUUCACCAGAGAGCAUCCAAAAAUCGAUGUCUUUAGGAAAACAAUCUACGAAUAUGCCAUUGCUAAUAAGGAUUUAUUUACCAAUGAUCUGGAUAUUGCAUGUUUCGAGUCACUGGCUUCAAUACUACACCUUGACUGCCCAAUUCAUUUGAGUAAUUCAAUACCUAUCAAGAGUGACUUUAUCCAAGAAUCUUUCAAUUUUGGAAGUAACUCUGAUAAUCCAGAUGUUAUCACUGCAGAAGGGGGUAAUAAUUGGAGGCGUUGUUCCGUCACAUUAUUACCUAUACUAACUACUGAAGUCAAAAUAUGUCCAAUGAGUAAGCAAAGGGUGAUAUCUUUAGAGCAAAGUGAGAAUCUGAAUGAAUUUGGCUGGUUCACAAGAACUUUAUUGCAAGUGUUUAACGAUGUUAGUGUUUAUUGUGGCACAGAUAUGCAAUGA